UAAAAUUGAAGGAAAUAAACAUCUGUUUGAUAAGGACAAAGACUUGGGACCUGCCGGAGGUGCAGUACAGAUGGUUAGACAGAUGAUCACUCAGAAAGUUGUAGAACUGAGAAAAGUGGCAUUUCAACAAUCGCUUAAAGCCAUUAGGCAGACAUACAAGACGGACAAGGGGAGAGAUUUUGUCCAGUGGACAAAUAAGGAGAUCUCGUUAUACUUGGAUAAAUGCCUCGAGGUUUCCUGGUUGGCAUGUAUUCAGGAUCCGCCUCUGGAAAUUGUUUCGGACUUUCCUCCCUUUUCCAAAGUUGAUUUAAACAUCGUUCGGAAAUACACCAAGAGUGGAGAAUACGUUGAAUAUGUCAUCUGGCCAGCUCUGUUGCUUAGCGACGAUGGUGCGCUUUUGUCCAAGGGUGUAGUUCAAUGUACAUCACAGUCCAAGGAUGAUGGCGCCCAUCCACCACCCCCCGACCAGCAAAUGCGACAAACCAACCAGGAUGAUUAUGUGAAUGUGUAGACUGAGAAAGUCAUUAAACAAGGAUUUUAAGAAUGAUCAUGAGCAUCAGAGUUCGUUUGAAUGAAGACUACAUUUAAUCAUUAUACAAUAAUGAUUUUUCCAAACAAUGGAUCAUCUCAAAAUAAUUUUUGGAAUGAAUAGAAGCAUUAGAGGUUGAUUGGUAUGAUUUCAAUAAAAGAAACACCAAUAUUGCAAUUGUACAAUACUCAUAAAUGAAUCAUUUUCUUGUAGAUGGGGCUGUGAUACCCCAUUCAAUUAGAGCGUGUCGUCCACAUAACCUCCAAGGUGCAUGGUUUCACACUUUCUACCAGUGGCAGUCUGCACUUCAUUUCAAGAUCCAUCUUGGUCGGAGGUUUAGCUAAAACUUGCCUGAAAGGCUCCUGAAUAAGUCUUGACUAAGAGUUUUUAUUUCUGGGUUGGUCAGAUAACCAAGAUGGCCACUAUGGCUAACAGUACCACUAUGCUUACUUCUGAGUAUGUAUACUACAAUAGUACUAGGGUAAGAUGACGGUUAAGGCCAAUGGGCCUCUUGUUGGGUAGUAAGUUUGAUUUUUUAUAAAACUUCCAAAAAUGUACCCCCGAGAUAUUUUGAACCAUCAUGUUUAUCACAAUACCUUAACAUUUAUAUCUGUUUCAUAUUUAUAAAUUUCAAAUUAUACCAUCUGUCUUCUUAUGACUCUAGAUGUGUUGAGGUUAAACACCUAAAACGAAACUUAUACCAUAAUCUUUUAAUACACUCCUAUAUUCACAUGACAUCAAUUAUUAUUACUGAUAUCUAUUUAAAUAACUGAAAAGUUGCAAAUACAAUAAAUAUAUUUUUGUAUAUACAUGUAUUUUAAUUUGAACUUUACAGCAAAUUUUUUGUAUAUUUUAAUCUGAAUAUUAUAUUUCUAUAUACAUUGUACAUGUACAUUUAUUUGGUCAUCUGACCUGAAGGAUCAGGAUGACCUAUAACCAUUGUGCUUCAUUAGUUGUUAUGUGCCAUAUGUACCAAACUUUUCAUAUUACCAACUUCUCAAGUUCCACCAGUGGGAUUCAGCUCUGACUUACCUGAAAUGAUCCUGAGAUGGUCCUGACCAAGUAUUGUUAUUUUAGGGUUGGCCAAAAUCCAAGAUGGCCACCAUGGCAGCCAUCUUAAAAACACAUUUCAAAAUUCUUCUCCAGGUCACUGGGUGCCAUUGAUCUGAAAUUUGAUAGGGAUGUUAAGGAGUGGAGCCAACAAACAUUUUUUUUUUGUUUUUUGGUUUCGUAAAAACUUUCACAUGGCAGCCUUUGCAAACAUUUUGUAACAUGAUUGUGCAAUCAUGGUUUUCCCUGAACACCUAUUUUAAACUUCUUCUCAAGUUCAAUGAGUGGGAUUCAGAUCUAACUUACCUGAAAUGAUCCUGAGAUGGUCCUGAUCAAGUGUUGUUACAUGGUAUUUUUCGAGUCGUCCAAAGAAAAAGAUGACUGACAUGGCUAACAGUAUCACUAUACUUGGUACUGGGUAUGUUUACUACAAUAGUACAAAGAUCGAUAGAGUCAGAUGACUGUUAAUGCCCACAGACCUCUUUGUAUGUACAUUUCUAUGGUUUUUCGUCACACAUCUCAUUUCACAAGGCUUAGUUUGUGUAGCCAAAUGUAUUUAUAACCACUUUGUAUAUCAGACAUGAUUUUGAGAUGAAAAUAAGCCAAACAUCAGACCCUGGUUAGAGAACCUUCGAAAACUCUUUGUUUGUUAUGGAGUUGAUUAAGAUUUUAAGUUACAGUAAGUUCUUAAUUCUUUAAUUAGAUUUCUGUUCAAAAGCAUUCCUACAUUAAUGGUAAUUUCAGUUAGGCAAAUCCUUUCCAAGAUGGCAGACGAUAGAAUUUUUUUACUAAAAAAUAAUUAUGCAUUCAAAAAUAGAGGAUAGGCAUAUCCCCAAAUAUGGUUCUAAUAUGCAGUGAAAAAUGUGAAAGGAACAGGGGUGGGGUGUGAAGGGGGUGGGCUUAUUCCCGAGCAUGGGCUUAUACCCUGUGAGAUAUUCAUGUAUGAAAUUUCUUGUCAUAUUACAUUCUUGAUGCACUGUGUAUAUCAGAACCUUGCUUAUGUAAUUUAUAGAUUUCCUGAUGAACCUAAUGUAAGGCUUUAUCAAUAAAGAAUCCUACAUAGA